GUUUUUAUCAUAAAAAUGUAAAGAAACAUUAUUAGCUUGGGGGAAGGGGAGAAGCAUGGAAAAAAAUCAGACAGCUGGGCAAAUUUGGCCCAUGGUUUGCCCAUCCCAGCUUUAGACAGAUUUCCAGGUAAGAGCAAAUGGGCCAGGAGUGGACUGUAGGGCUUGGUUCAGUGAAGUCCAUGGCUGCAAGUAUCUGAAUUUUCGAACACCUUUCACAUUUCAGUCUCAGCUGAGAUAAAUUAGAGGGAAAAGAUACCUCAGGCAAAGAUAGAAAAGAGAUUUAUUUGAUAAUUAAUGGUUUUUGAUUUAUUACUUAUAAUUUUAUAAAUUAAUUUACUAAUUUACAAAUAACUUUCUGAGCUCUUACAUGUGCAGGCACUGUGCUAGGCCUGUUACAAACUCUGGAGAACUGAGUUAUCCCCGUAUACAGAUGCAGAUACCGAGACCCUUUGGGGUCGGGUGACAGCUCAGAUCCCACAGCUACUGUGGCACAGGCAGGAACGAAGCCCCGGGGUCUUUUGAUGGUAGCUGAGCCGCACCCAGACACCCAGGCGUGUCUGCCAGCACUCCAUACUGGCUGGGAAACACUCCCUGAAUCCAAAGGUGUCGGUUUAGUCAGUCAAAGGUGUCGGUUUAGCCAGUGGUCCUCAAGUGUCCCCACCUGUAGGAUGGGGGCGCCCUGCUCCAGUGCUGCAGCCUCGCGACCCCCUGGAGGGUGGGGGAUGGUAGCUCAGGCGAGAGUCUUCCGGCCGCCCCAGGGAGGGAGGAAAUGAGCCGGCGGCAGAGGCGGGUUUUCGGCGGGGCCAACCCACGGUGGGGGGAGCGCGGCCAUGGAGCUUCUGCUGUCGGUGCUGCGUGUGCUGCUGGGCGGCUUCUUCGCGCUCGUGGGGUUGGCCAAGCUCUCGGAGGAGAUCUCGGCUCCAGUUUCGGAGCGGAUGAACGCCCUGUUCGUGCAGUUUGCUGAGGUGUUCCCGCUGAAGGUAUUUGGCUACCAGCCAGAUCCCCUGAACUACCAAAUAGCUGUGGGCUUUCUGGAACUGCUGGCUGGGCUGCUGCUGGCCACGGGCCCACCGAUGCUGCAAGAGAUCAGUAACUUGUUCUUGAUUCUGCUCAUGAUGGCCACUGCCCUAUUUUGCUGGGUCAUUUCUGUUUCUUGUCCUCCGAGAGGGGCAACUGUUGCCACUGCUGUUGUUCAAGAGGCUUCUGAUUUCCUGGUCCUGCUUUCUCCAGGAGGCUAGAGAUGAAUGCAGCUAGUUUUGGGGCUAUCUUCACCUUGGCAGCUCUAAAAGAGUCACUAAGCACCUGUAUCCCGGCCAUCGUCUGCCUGGGGUUCCUGCUGCUGCUGAAUGUCGGCCAGCUCUUAGCCCAGACUAAGAAGGUGGUCAGACCCACUAGGAAGAAGACUCUAAGUACAUUCAAGGAAUCCUGGAAGUAGAGCAUCUCUGCCUGUUUAUGCCGUGCAGCUGUCACAGCAGGAAUAUGGUAGAACACAGAGUCUGUCAUCUUGUUACCAGUGUAAUAUCCAGGGUCAGCCAGUGUUGAAAGAGACAUUUUGCCUACCUGGCCCUGCUUUCUCUUUUUAGCUUUACUACUCUUUUGUGAGGAGUACAUGUUAUGCAUAUUAGCAUUCCUCAUGUCAUACGAAAAUACAAAAUAAGCAGAAAAGAAAUUUAAAUCAACCAAAAUUCUGAUGCCUCAAAUAACCACUUUUAAUGCCUUGGUGUUAGUAUACCUCUGAACUUUUUUCUGUGCCUUUAAACAGAUACAUAUUUUUUUAAAUGAAAAUAAAACCAUAUAUCCUAUUUUAUUCCCUCCUUUUAAAACCUUAUAAACUAUAACACUGUUUCAUGUC